GGCCCAAGUCAGCGCGUGGAACGAGAACAGCGGGGAGGAUGAUGAUGAACACGCCGGGGAACCGAGAGAUUUUCAGCUCGUUUGGAAAUCGGUGCUUGACGUAAAGGAACAUGAGGACAGCCGCGUGGACAUGCGACGUCUUCGUUCUCAUACUCGGGUUUUGCAUUUGCGCCCGGAACCACAAUCUAAACCCCCGACAGGUGUGCUGGAAGGCCAUCCUGCAGUGCCACAGCGAGCCGGAUUGCCUCUACGCCUACGAGCAAUACGCCCACGCGUGCGCGCUGGUUUUGAGCGGGGAGCGUCGGAGAUGCCCCAGCCACUGCGUGUCGUCCUUGAUCCAACUCAACCUGACCCUUAGCGGGCCGGCCCUCGAGGACUGCGACUGCGCGCUGGACCCCCAGUGCGCCCGGACCAAACGGGCGAUAGAGCCGUGCGUACCUCGGACGCGAGCCCGGAUGGGCUGCACGGACGCGCGGCGUCGCUGCGAGGAGGAGCCGGCGUGCGGUGCCGCCACCCGGGACUACCUGUUCCACUGCCGGCGGCUGUUUGGCGGCGGGCGGCGGUGCUCGGCCGAGUGCCGCGCUGUCAUAGCGCGGAUGCGUGACAUACCCGCUGCGAGGCGGCUGGAGACGUGCGUGUGUGACGGCGCGGAGAGGAACAUUUGCGAGUACAUUAAAAUCAGCAUGAACACUUUUUGCAACGAGGAGUUUGACGGCAGCGGAUUCUCAGACACAGAGGAGGACGACGCGGAGAAUGACGAGGAGGAUCAUCACCAACUGCGAGUGGGCACAUCGGGCGCGUCUGCGCGCUUCCAGAACGCGCUCGUCAACUUGUUACUUUUAACCGUCGUCGUUUUCCUAUAAAACCAACGCAGAUGCGAAUAGCGCAGGGUCAUCCCCAAAUACUGUACAAAAAUAUCGUGAAUUACUAUUUUCCGCGAAAGACGAGGGAUGAUGAAGCUAUUUUUUUCUCAUUUUAAAAACUUAACAUCCAUAAGCGGAUUUUAAGGGGAGGCCAGGGGGGCCAGGGCCCCCUGGUGGCCGAAAAGUGUCAUUGCAUGUAAUUGACUUUCCUAUAUACAGUAUAUAAGUUGUAAAGCAAUAAAACUGCAACAAAAAUGAAUGAAAUGAAACAAAAAAAAAAAACAGUUUUAAUAAUGGGUCGAAAUUAUUUUUCGAGCACCUUAGACAGUCAUUUGCUUCGCAAAUAAUUUAAAUAUACAUAUAUAUAUAUUAGGGCUGUCAAAAUUAUUGCGUUAACGGGCGGUAAUUAAUUUUUAAAAUUAAUCAUGUCAAAAUAUUUGACGCAAUUAACGCACAUGCCCCGCUCAGACAGAUUUAAAUGACAGUACAGUGAAAUGCCCACUUGUUGUGUUUUAUGGAGUUUUGCCGCCCUCUGCUGGCGCUUGGGUGAGACUGAUUUUAUAGGCUUAAGCACCCAUGAGCAUUUUGUAAGUAAUUAUUGACAGCAACAAUGGCGGGCUACUAGUUUAUUUUUUGAUUGAAAAUUUUACAAAUUUUAUUAAAACAAAAACAUUAAGAGGGGUUUUAAUAUAAAAUUUGUAUAACUUGUACUAACAUUAUCUUUUAAGAACUACAAGUCUUUCUAUCCAUGGAUCGCUUGAACAGAAUGUUAAUAAUGUUAAUGCCAUCUUGUUGAUUUAUUGUUAUAAUAAACAAAUACAGUCCUUAUGUACCGUAUGUUGAAUGUAUAUAUCCAUCUUGUGUCUUAUUAUUCCAUUCCAACAAUACUUUACAGAAAAAUAUGGCAUAUUUUAUAGAUGGUUUGAAUUGCGAUUAAUUAAUUUUUAAGCUGUAAUUAACUCGAUUAAAAAUUUUAAUUGUUUGACAGCCCUAAUAUAUAUAUUAAAGAAAAAAAUAUUUUUUUAAAUGAUUUUUUUCUUUGAUGGAUUCAAAAAAAAUUUUUUUUUUGAUUGAAGCAACUUUUUGGGGGGAUUGAAUGAUUUAGACACAAAUGUCCCAAUCCUUAUAUGGCCCAAACACAAAUAGGAUUGUUUCAAUUAAAGAAAUCUUUUCAAUGAAAAAUGAAGUGUUCAAAUGCAAAAUUUUCAAUCUCAAAUAUUUUUUAGCAUUCAAAAACUUUUUUCUAUGAUUGAAAAUGUUCUUUUUUUGAUUGAAGUGAUUUUUCUUUUUGCAAAUCUAUAUUUUUUGAAGCAACUUAUUUUUUGAUAGAAUAAUAAAGAGAAAAAUGUCCUUGCCAAAAUGUGGCCCAAACACAAAUCAACAUUACUUCAAUCAAAAAAAACUAUACUUAAGUUAAAAAAAAAAGAAAAAAAAAAUUAAUUAAAGAAAAAUAGCUUUCACAUGCAUUUCUUUGAGUUUUUUGAGUUUCACAUUUAUUUUUGCAUUCAAACACAUUUUUUUUUUUUGGAUUGAAGCGAAUUUUUUUCCCGGUUGAAAAUAUAUAUUUUGAUUGAAGCAACUUCUUUUUAAUCUUUAGUUGAGGCAAAAAUUUUUUUGAUUGAAUAAUAAAGACCCAAAUCUACCUCCAUAUGGCUCCGCCCAGGGGAUACACUUUUUGACUAGGGUAACUACAUUGGCACGACACCGGUGGGCAUACCAAAUUCAACGGAUGACAAUUUUGGCUAAAAGUAUUUGCCUAAGCAGCCUGAUUUAGAAUCCCCCUCAAGAAUGAUGGGAAACAAAAAACGCUCAUUGUCAACUUAUUACAUUAAAUAUUCUUGUAAGUUAAUUUUAUUGCUGACACUGCGUUUUGGGGUCAUCAACAUAUUGUGCCCCCUGCCCCAGAAGUCAAAAUCCGCCUAUGUUAACAUCACAUUUUUUCAAUGGCUUGAAUUAAGUGAUCAUGUUUCACUGCCAUUGACGGUGAUGGAAGACCAAUCCAAUUUACCUUGGUGGCUGGCAACCUUCAAUAAAUUGUAAUAAAUUGAAAAAAGAAUAAGGAUAAAGACAUACAUUCAAAUAAGUGUGGCCUGUGAGUAUUUUGCUUUGGGAAUUUUAUUUAGUUGUUUCGUGAAUGGACCUCACAUAGCUUAACUCUUUGGUUGCCAUUGACGGUAAUAAACAUCCAAUCCAUGUUAAUAACUGGGAGGAGCUGGAUUGACAAAGGAAAGCAAAGCAACCAUGCAUGUUACCCCCUUUACUGAGUGAUCCGUACACUCUAAAUUAGCUUUAGCAUGCCGAAAACAUCCAAUCCAUGUUAACUAGGAGGGGCUGGAUUGGAUGUCUAUUACCAUCAAUAUUUGUUUUUAAUAUCAAUUUUUAAUUUUCAAUCAUUUUUGACUGACCACCAUAAUACAAACGUGUAACCUGGGCUGGCAGUGAAUGAAUUAAGCUAGUGAUAACUUUUAAAAUAAAAAAAUAGACAAUGAUUGAUAUAUCGGUCCGAUAUAUGGACUUUUUUCCAAUACCAGCCAUCGGCCGAUGAACAAAACAAACAAACAAGCAAAAAGCUGAUAAAAGAGGAUUUUGAUCAGGCAUCCGUGUGGGCAACUAUGGCCGCAGCUGAAUGAUGGUAGGACCCCGUAAGGACCCUGCAGCAGCUUGAAGGCAGGCUGCCACAGGAAGCUUCAGGCUUGCCUGUUUGGUAAAUAUUAUAAGAUUUUCUUUUAAUCUUACAUGAGAGAAUAUGCAAUGUUGGUUUAGCCUUUUAGGUGCUUACUGAGAGAUCCUUCCACUCUAAAUUAGCUUUAGCAUGGUGAGAAUCCUUUUAAACUCUCACUUGUUUAUAUCUCGUGACAUCCAGGUGGUUCGGCGUUUGUUGGUUUGGUAACACUAGACUAAUCCCUUAAGUCUUAGGUCAUUGUAAAUUUGAAGCUGUUGAAGCAAUUUAAAAAAAUGCCUUUCAUAAUCGAUGUGCUUUUACAAAAAAAAAAAAAACCCAAAAAAAAGUAUAUUUGCCUCAAAUAUCGGCUUUCAAAAUCGUCGACCUCUAUUUUGAAUAGAUGGGUUAACUAGUGAGAUUUUGAGAGAGAGGUUUUUGAUUUCUUUUCCAAGGUUUUUGUUUGAUUUUUGUGAUUCUGAUUAUUUUUUGUUUGUGUGAAAUGAUUUCCCAGUAAGUUUUUGGGAGUGACAGCAAGUAUUAAUGACAGAUAUUUUUUGUACGUAUGUGUGUUUUUUUGUAUGCUUGUGAGAGUUGAUGAGUGUAAAAGCUUCUUUUUUUGUUCAUUAAAAAGGUUUUGGGUGACUCUAAAAUGUUUGUUUUGAGAUGUUUUUGGGUGAGUGAGUUUUAGUUUGUUGAUAGUUUUCUGUGAGAGUUGUUUUAGUGCUCUGUGUGAAAUAGUUUUUGACAGCUGAGGCAGUUUUUGGACAACCUAAAAGUUUUUAUAUGUUUUUUUCCUUAGUUUUGUUUGGUCAGUUUGAGUUAUUUUGCAUUUUUUGUUUCAUGUGAGAGGUUUUUUUGUUUGGAAAAGAAUUAUAGGUUUUAGGUGAUUCUAAAAUGUUUUUGGCGGGAAUAUAGGAGAUUUUUUGAUGACCUAGCUUUAUCUUGAAGGCUGAGACCCUUUUUGGCCGACCAAAAAGUUUUCAUAGUUUGGUUAUAGGUUUGGGCCAGUUUUUGUUCCAUGUGAGAGUUUUUUCUGGUGAGCAUGAGAAGUUCUUUUAUGCAUGUGAGAGGCUUUUUUUUCUCAAGAUGGACAGCCUGUCCAUUGAGUUCUUGAGUGGCGUGUCCAUUAUGGUUCGUACUUAACACACAAUGGUGUGGUUGCACAAUGAAAGGCACUUCAUUCACUCAGGACCCUCGUAAGCCUUUUGGGAAGAGAGUUUAGGAAUGGGGGAGUUUUUUUGAGAAAUCCCCAAAAUUGUUUUUAGCACAUUAGUGUUUUUCAUUAAUUGUUUAAAGUAUGAAAAGUAAAAUAAAAAAUAUAUAAAGGU